AUGUCGGCACCCAGUGAUGCACUAAUCAAAAAGGUGUGCAGCGCGUUCCCUGCCACCUUCGGCGUGGACACCGAGGAGGAAAAAAGUCCUGCUGAAAGUCGUUGCUCACGUCCAUUCCGAUACUACUUGGACGUUGUGCUGGGGUCUGGCACUUCCGGCACUGUGCUCUACGCCCGUCGCGUUCGCGAUGACCACCCUUUCGCGGUUAAGGUGAUGGACUUAGAGGGCUACACGCCGCAGGAGAUCAUGCGCGCGUCGGGUGAGGUGUGCUGUCUUCUCAGUUGUGACUACUUUUCGAUUGUCAAGUGCCAUGAAGACUUUGUCUACAGUGACGAGAGGAAUCCAGAGAACGUCGCCAUGAUGGCCAUGGUGCUGGACUACGCCAACGCCGGUGAUCUCCGCCAAGAGAUCCGCAACCGAAGCAAGGCGAACCGCCCCUUCGUGGAACAUGAGGCCGGCCUGCUCUUUAUCCAAAUAUUGCUGGCUGUGCACCACGUUCACUCAAAGCACAUGAUUCACCGUGAUAUUAAGAGCGCCAACAUCCUGCUCUGCAGCAAUGGUCUUGUGAAGCUUGGGGACUUCGGCUUUAGUAAGAUGUAUGCCAAUACCGUGAGUGAUGAUGUUGGCCGCACGUUCUGCGGCACGCCCUACUACGUGGCACCGGAGAUUUGGCGCCGCUGCCCGUAUAGCAAGAAGGCGGACAUGUUCUCCCUCGGUGUGCUUCUGUACGAGCUGCUGACGCUCAAGCGCCCCUUCGACGGCGUGGAUAUCGAGGAAAUCAUGCACAAGACGCUUGCGGGCCGCUUUGACCCCCUGCCGGACAGCAUUAGCCCAGAGAUGCAGACCAUCGUAGCGACACUACUGCAGAGCGAGCCCAAAAGGCGUCCGUCUAGUAAGACGCUGCUGAACACACCGACAUGCAAGCUGUACAUCUCCGUUGUGCGGGAAAUCGUUCAGGGCGGGGAGCUUGGCGGCUUUUCCGCCGAGCAGGAAAUGACGGUUACGCGACAGUUGAUGCAGACAAAAGAGGAGCUGCAGGUGGACCGCCGUCGCCAACCGAUGUCGAUGGAGGAUGUGCUCCUGACGACUGUAAAGGUGUCCUUGAGCGACUCACCCGAUCGCACUGGGUUUAUCUUGCACGGAGGCACCGUGAUGAAGCAGAGCAGUGACCUUAGCUGGAAGCGUCGCUAUGUGUGCAUCUACGGCGAGGUAGAGAAGGGGCGCACGCUGACGGGCGACGUGGCAUCCUGCCUAGUCACACUCGAGCUCGUUCAGGCGUUGUCACGUGACACGCUGGAGCAGCAGUGCAUUUCGACCCCCUUUUCUGACUUGGAGGAUGUUUUUCAAGUCAUCAGCAAAUACACCGGCUCGGAUGCCGCACACGCCUUCGCUGUAGCCUUCAAAAACGGUCGACGUAUUUUGUUUGACGCGGAGGACGACAAAGACCGCGAUGAGUGGAUGCGGGCUAUUCAAAGCUUCCUUGGCAUCGGGGAUGAGGAUGACUGA